UCACACAUCCACAAUCAUGGCGGCGUAGUACCUGUUUUUGCCGGGACUCUGUCAUGAUUUCGCGUUAAAUUGUAAAGUAUCUUCGAAGUUUGCAUUAAUCAGCUUUAAAGUUAGUUUUAAAUGUUUUAGUAUUUCGUUGAUAUACAUUACAUCCCAGAAAUGGCGGCAUGGGCUGGCUUUUCUGACGAAGAGUUGCGGAAAAUACAACUGAAAGAUCAGUCAGUGUCAGCCCCAGGGCUUGGACGGGGACGCAAACCGACUUCUACCAACCGGAGUCGGCAGCAGUUGCAGCGGGAGAGAGCACUCAAACUCACCGCUCAAAUGAGCAGCGAGACGUUACAGCCCGAGCAGAAGCUCACCAAGCCCCAUUUGACUUCUCCCAGUCCACUCGCGCCUACAAUACCGACUGCUGUUGACACCGGAAAGGACGAGCCCGUGACUGCAAAGCUGGAUGCGGUAAACAACCAUGAUCCUGAGACGUCGAUUGAAGUUACACCGCUGGCUAAUGAGCUGGAUAAACAGGAAGUGGAAUUGAGGGAGAAAACUCGUACGGAGAAACUGCAGCAAGAUCAGCGGAUUAUGGAAGAGAAGAAUAAGCAGAAGAAGGCUCUGCUAUACAAAACCAUUGCAGAAAAAUCCAAGCAGACUCAGGCCGAGGCAGUGAAACUGAAACGCAUUCAGAAGGGGCUGCAGGCGCUGGAUGACUCGGUGUCCAAUGACAUCGGCAUCCUCCGCAAGCUGAUCGAGCAGGCCAGCCUGGACUACUCAAGUGCAUGGAAGCGCUUUGAGCGUGCGGAGGCGGAGUACGUGGCGGCGAAGCUGUCGCUGCACCACCGCACCGAGGUCAAGGAGCAGCUGACGGAGCACCUGUGUGCCAUCAUCCAACAGAACGAGCUGCGGAAAGCCGCCAAGCUGGAGGAGCUCAUGCAGCAGCUAGAGCUCAGCGAUGAACUGGAGAGCCUUCAGCCCCCCGGGGAGGACAAGCCCAGCGGCGCCCAGUCAGAGGUCCAUUCCCCCCAAGGCCCUGCACCGCCAUUGGGCAACGACUCCCCCACCACACCAGGAGAGCAAGGCGGUAAACAGGACUGUCUUGAGGCCGCCCCAGCCCCAGCCCCAGCGAGUGAGGAAAACCUAAAGACCACUGACCCAGUGACUACUGAGACUGUCGAGGCCCCACAAACUCCCUCGAUCCCACAGAAUGCCCAGGUCUCCCUGUCUUAAAACUGGCACGAUCAAAAACCAUGGGCAUUUAUGUUUUUCUUUUUAUGUAAAGACUUUUAAGCAAAUACGAUUUUUUUUUACUGAUCAUGUGAGGAAGAUAACGAAGGAUCGUGUGUAUUGGGAGUGUACUAACUCCUUGUGUACUGACAACAGUGGUUGGGCUGUUUCCCUGAUCACAGGAGGACUGGGGAAGAUGGCUGUAUUAUGGCAAAGCCUGUCCUAACCCAUCAGCUCAAUAGAACCAGAGCCCUCUUUGUAGCUGCACUGCGACCAUGAGCAUGUGGUGAUUCAUUUCUGCCCCCAUCUGUUCAUAGAUUCACAACUGUUUCGUCUACUAUGACUCUAAAGCUAUACACUAAAGAGAGAAUGUGAUUUUCUGGGUCACAUCCCCUUUCAUGCCAAAGAAUGCCAUGGCUUUCAUAUUAAGUGCUGCUUAUGACAUCAUCAUAGUGCGCCAGCCGCCCUACAUAUGUUUGUGUCAGACUGCUGCUGUCAGCUUGGUGAUCCACUCAAUUUGUCAUUCCAUGGCCGUUUUAAGCAAGGAGCAAUAAGAAAUCAGGGGCAUUGACUGUCUCAGAGUUUUGACCGUACAGGCAACAUGAGAACAAAAAUGUAAAUUGAGUUAGUACUGUAAAUUGCAUAAUGGAACACAAAAAAAAUCUCCUCGGAAAAAUCCUCUGGCAGUGUUGAGAAAAUGGUGUUUCCAUUUCAGUAUAUUAUACUAUGAACACAACAACUAUUUGUUAACCAAAGAGGUAUACAGUACAAGUGAGAGGUACAAUGCUUUUUUAAAUGUAUUUUUGUUUUCUUUAAAUAUAGUUAUGUGUAUCUGCACAGGGACCACACUAGCCUGUCCGUUGCGUGUGCGAUUGGUGAAAACCAGACUCGCCUUGAGAUUGGUGUCCCGUUGGGCCGUUCCCGGUCUGUCCUGCGGUAAGAUGAUCUGCCUGCAUCAGGAGGCCCUCUGGAUAUGGGCUGUGUAUUGAUGGGCCCUAGUGGUCUUCCUUGUUUCGUUAUUUAUUUAUUUUUUAUUUUUACUCAAUUUACUCACGAACGUCUGCGAAGCGAGGCGGUUUCUCUAGACACCAUGCUGUUCGCCUCUGCCGAAGACCCGAAGGGGUGUACUGCCUUUUCUCUAAGUUCUCUCCUGAACACAAACUUUGCCCCGGCCUUGUCUCAUGCUGCACUUACAAUGGGCCUAACUUACUAAGUUUUGAUUUACGGUGGUGUAUUUAGGUGGAGUUUGGAUUUUUUUUUUUUUUUAACUGGUGGUUUUUGUGUGGAUCCUGUUUGGUCUGGACUUAAUCUUUGUUUUAUUGGUCUAUAUAGUCUGUUGGUUGUGUCUUCAAAUUAUGGCCAUUGAAAGAAUUAGGUCUACAUGUAAUCUAGUCUAUUUUAUUUAAACAUGUUUAUUGUCAUUAUUACAGCCUGGGCCCAAAUGGAUUUUCAAAUAGUUGACCCUUUUAUAUAAAGUGACACUCCUGGGGGCUUUUUGGUUAGAUUGUUUAUAAUACAUCAAAUAGCCUUAUUAUAGCUUUUGUGUUUAACAUAAUUUAACAUGGAAUUGCACAAUUUCCAACUUGAGACAAAAUAUUUAAAUAGGUUUUCUUAACUCCUCAAUUUCACUAUAGGCUACCGACUUUAUGAUUGUUUAAGGUGCUGUCGUCCGGGCAGUCCGCUGGACAGCUCACAUGGCGGUUCAAAGCAACUUUAAGAGCGUUGUAAGUGUUCCUCAAACCGGCCCUGAUUUUUUACUGCCGCCUGGUCCCAUCUGGUCGUCUGCAUGCGGCAGCGCAAUAAACUCAACUCAUUUAAUUAGUCGCUGCAAGCGGCCGCAAGUGUCCCCUCUGCCAGACAACCUCCACGCGCUUCCAAGGUCACAAAAAAAUGGGCGACGUUUGUUUCUCUGCCCGUAAAUUAGGUUGUGCUGGACUUUCAACUUCUAUAGCUUCACUGUUCCAGGCCUGAUUGAAGAUGUAUAUUUAUAUCCUUUAGACACGGGAUCUGAAAUAUAGUCCAUAUGGGAAAUUGUUUUUCAUUUGAUCAAAAUGUUAACAUUGCAAUAAGAAAUAAACGAAUAAAUCUGCCCAAAUAAAUUAA